AUGUCUCCUGAGGAAGCGCCGUCAACACCGUCGGUACACAGUGAGCGGCAAACCCCCCUAGCGACGCUGUCACAUAUCAAUCUGCCGCGCCUAGAGCUUCACCACUUCUCUGGCGACCCCGCCAAGUGGGUAUCCUUAUCAACUUAUUUACCCGAUGUUAGCAGUCAGUCAGUACGAGGACUCAGAACAUUCGUGAACACUUUCCAUGAACACAGUGAGGCUUUGAAGGCCAUUGAGUGUGACGUAACCACACAAGCCAACCCUUUGCUUUCAGCAUUGUUACUUCGUAAAUUAGAUGGAGAUUUACGCAAACGUCUAGAAUCUUUUAGGUCCUCGAACGAAGAGGAAACACACACUUUGCCUACAGUCAAAGACAUAAUCUUGUUUCUGAACACAGAAUGUAACAUGAGUGAAGAUGCAGACCUCCACUCGUCAGCAAAGAAAGCUCCAGUUAAAGCUUUCAAUCAGCGAUCUCAAAAGGUCACGCGGUUUGAAGACAAACACAAACGCACCGCUUUAGUAACAGCUCACAAUAUAAAUAGUAACAGUUGUUUUGCUUGUGGUAACUCUGAUCACAAAAUCCAUGUUUGUCCCACAUUUCUAAAGCUUUCACCAGCUGAAAGGUUUCAACUUGUAAAACGAGAACGAAAAUGCUUCUCGUGCUUGAGAGAUCAUAAUUUGCCUCAAUGUCAAUCGUCGCAUACUUGUAAACGGUGUCGCAAACGACAUCACACAUUGCUACAUCUCCAGUCAGGCGCGACUGAGCGAAGUGAAGCAAGCAAUCAAUACUCGACACGUCAUCAAUCAGCUGUGGAGCGACGUCACAACACGACUCAUCAUCGAUCGAUACCACAGCCGAGAGUAGCGGGAACACCUCCUCCAGCUGACGUCACGAGUCCCACUCCAGUUACGCUGUCUACGACUAAGACACUGCCACCUGUGCAUCCGCCACAACAGUCAACGGUACUCUUAGGUACCAUCUUAGUGAAACUAACUGCUGAAAAUGGACAAUCCCAUGUUUUCCGCGGAUUACUGGAUUCCGGAAGUACUUGUAAUCUGAUAACGUGUCAGGCAGCCUCAUUGCUAGGAGCAAGACGUUAUCAUUCAAACAUUCAAAUUGCUGGUUUAUCACAGCAUGCCUCUAACACACGUGGCAUGUUAUCUCUUCAAGUCAACACUUUGUCAGGUCAGCUUAUAGCUCCUGAUCAGGAGUUCCACAUCUUGGAUAAAAUAUCUGUGAACCUCCCAAGGGCGAAAAUAAGUCCAGAGUUGUCGCAUCUAGUUAAACAUUACACCUUAGCGGAUCCGACUUUUGACACCCCUUGCGGCAUUGAUGUAUUGUUGGGUGGAUCCAUAAUACCCACUGUCUUCACACAAGAAAAUCAUAGUUUAGGACCGGGACUGCCACACCUGAUCGGCACUCAGUUCGGCUUCAUACUUAUGGGAACAGCUCCUUGUGUCACCCCGACAGAGCCAGUUAGUAACUAUUCGAUUGCACUUUUGUCUACUCACGACAACUCGCUUCACACAGCAUUACAAAAAUUUUGGGUUCAAGAGGAACCGCCUAUCAUCAAUCACAAAAGCAUUGAAGAAACAAAGUGUGAUGAACUUUUUGAUAGUACUCAUACGCGAAAUGAAGACGGACGGUAUGUUAUUCGAUUACCGUUCAAAACAGAACCCAGCUGUUUAGGCUCAUCUCGAGCAGCCGCAGAAAGACGUUUUGUAUCCUUAGAAAGGAAGUUUCAAACCCAACCACAAUUCGCUGAACUGUAUAGGAAUCUUAUGAAAGACUACAAAGCAACAGGUCAUAUGACACUUUUGGAUAAACAUCACGCCGACGAACCGCACUACUAUUUACCCCACCACGGAGUAAUAAAGGAAAGCAGCUCUACUACCAAGCUAAGGACUGUUUUUGACGCAAGCAACAAGACCACUUCAGGUUUGUCCUUGAACGACGUGCUACUAACUGGAAGGAAACUACAACCAGACAUUUCCAGUAUUUUAAUAAACUUCCGCUCUCACGCUAUAGUGUUUUCAUGUGAUAUAAAACAAAUGUAUCGACAGAUCUUAGUGCAUCCUGAAGAUCAAAACUUUCAGUUAAUCUUGUGGCGAGAUACUCCGGAACAGGAGAUAUCUACUUUUAAGCUAACAACAGUGACAUAUGGGAUGAACAGUUCUCCAUAUUUAGCAAUCAAGACACUCUCGCGGCUAGCAGAGAACGAAGGACACGCCUUCCUGGACGCAGCCUACGCAUUGAAGCAUCACACCUACAUAGAUGACAUUGUGACAGGAAGUGCUUCACUAGAAUCAGCUAUCCAACUGCAAGACCAACUCAUCCAGCUACUGGCGAAGGGAGGAUUCGAGUUGAGAAAAUGGGCUUCGAACGAACCCCGACUUCUGGACAGACUACCAGCUACUCAUCGUGAGACGCCUCGCUUUCUGCAGGACUCACAAUCUACGCAGUUCUCUAUUUUAGGACUCCAUUGGGAUCCAGUUGAAGAUUGCUUUCGCUACAAUUUCAAACAUCAGAGAGGUAGCUUAACUAAGAGACAUGUAUUAAGUUUAAUAGCCAGAUUGUAUGACCCCUGCGGCUUCUUAUCACCACUGAUAAUGGUAGCGAAAAGUUUUAUGCAGCUCCUUUGGACACGAGGGCUCCAAUGGGACGAACAAUUGCCACCUGAACUAGCUGAAAAAUGGCUAUUGUUUGUGAACGACACACGGGAUCAUCUGGGUGACAUCAAAAUCGAUCGCGUAUUUCCCCUCCACGCCGCCAGCAGCGUAGAACUUCAUGGGUUUUGUGACGCGUCUGAAAAAGGCGUCGCAGCCGUCAUUUUUAUCAAGUGUAACCAAAUGAAUGAGGCCCCAGUGAUAAGACAAGUCAUGUCGAAAACUAGAGUAUCUCCAUUAAAGAAGAUCACAAUACCACGCCUUGAACUCUGCGCAGCACAUCUGCUGUCAAAAUUAGCUACUUAUUGCAUUCAACAAUUCAGCAAUAUUACUUUCAAUCAUGUCAUGUUAUGGAGUGACUCAACCGUAGCUCUACACUGGAUAAAAACACCACCGUAUCAGUUGAAAACAUAUGUAGCAAAUAGAGUGGCAGAAAUUCAGAACACAUUUCCGUCACGGUUUUGGAAUUAUGUCACAUCAAGCGACAAUCCGAGUGACGUCGGAUCACGUGGCCUAUUAGCAUCACAAUUGAAAAACCAUACACUAUGGUUCGAAGGUCCCCAGUGGCUAAAACUGGACCGACAAACUUGGCCUCAUUUCACCUUCUUUGAAGAUAAAAGGGAAAUCGAGAGAGAAACUAAAGAGACUCCUCUGAGCGUCAUUUUUUUGAUUGGGACUCCGCUUGCCGCUCUACCGGAAGCUGACCACCACAACACUCCGACCAACAGACUACGCCAUUGGCACUUGGUACAAGCCUUCCAUCAGAGGAUUUGGAAGCGAUGGCAUCUAGAAUAUCUUCAUUCGCUGCAGCAGCGCUCCAAGUGGACAUCACCACAGCCUAACAUACAAGUGGGCGACCUAGUGCUCAUCCAAGCUCCGUCACCACCUUUAACCUGGCCAAUGGGACGUGUCAUCAAAACGCAUCCUGGUGCAGAUGGAAUAGGUGAUGCGGCCAAUGCGGCAGGAAGUCGCCCCACUUACACUUAUACACACACCACCCAUACACAGGCGAUGAUUGCGGCCAUCGUGAGGCGAGGAAAGGUCGCCCGCACUUACAACUAA